ACAACAUGGCGGUCGGGGCAAGUUUAUUUAGAUAUUGUAUGAGGCAUCCUGCCCGAAUUCUUGUGAUAGGACUUCUUUUGCUUCUUGUGAUCGCUAGCAGGUUUCUCUACUCUUCAGUUCCAGAGCAGCAAAAUGCCCAGGAACUAAAUCUUGUGGCAGGAAGUCUAAUCCAACAUGUUCCCAAGAAUAUUGGCUGGAAGCAGAAUCAAGUGCAGCGUGAAAACGCAAAAAAACUGCAGCAAAGUUUACCUUCGAUGGACGAUGACAAAAAUCCACCUUCUAUGGUAGAUUUGAGCUUUAGUAAACUCAAAAAGAAAGAAGAUAAUUUAACGAAAAAGAUCAAAGGAGGAGUUAAAGACGACAGCAAGGUGGUAUCUGAUGCAGAAUAUAAAGUGAAGUUGAAAGAGGCAGAGGUUGAGACAGCCGAAAAUGAUUUAGAUCACAGGAAAAUGCAAAAUAAAGCACUGAAGAAAGACAUGCAACAUAAGAAUAAAGCUCAACACUCACCGUUCGAAAGCGAAGCAAGUGAUGAAGAGUUAAUUAAGAAGACAUCAUUGAUGGAAGAGAAGUCUCUUGUUCCUAACCAUAAAGGGCCUGAAAAAGUUUCCCAAAAAAACCACAGUGACAACCUCGAUGGAAACCAAACUGUUAGGAAGAAGAAAAAGAAUGAAAAGAAAGGAGUAACUCCUGUUAUUUCACAGCAAGAGGAGAACAACAUUAUGAUGAUCCUUGCCAAAGUUUCCCAGACAAGCUCUUUAGCUAAAAGGUUCAAACGAUGUGUGUUGUCCAUCUGUGAACACUCCAGCAUAAAUUUGGCUUUUCAUAUUAUAACAGACAAAGUUGGAAAACUUACCUGUGAGGAUACAUUUAAUCAGGCUGGUAAAGUGUGUAAGCACAGCCUGAAUGUGAGUUAUUAUGAUGUUCACAAUGUAUCUAGUCAGGUCAAACUAAUCACUAAAGAAAUUCAGAAUCUCUUCAGUACUGGCACUGUUUCAUACUUCAAUCACCCUCUUUUCUUUGUAUCCACUGCCAUUCAUCAUGUGCUGCCGCAGACCAUGAAACGUAUCAUAUCACUGGACUCUGACCUGUUUUUCCAGGCAGACAUCAAGCAACUGUUUGCAAUAUUUGAUGACUUUAAAGCCACAACCAUAUUUGGUCUAGCACGAGAGCAGCAGCCUGUUUACCGACACAUUCUACACAUGUAUCGUGAUAGGCAUGCUGGUACAAAAGCUGGAGAACCACCUCCAGAUGGUGCAACAGGUUUUAACAGUGGUGUCAUGUUAAUUGACUUACAACGUAUGCGUGACUCAAAGAAGUACAACCAGCUUCUUGAUAACAAUGCAGUGAUGGAGAUAGCAAGAAAAUACACCUUCCAAGGACAUCUUGGAGAUCAAGAUUUUUACUCAUUGCUCAACUUGGAUUAUCCUGAUUUUUUCCAUGUGCUUCCUUGUUCAUGGAAUCGUCAGCUCUGCACAUGGUGGAGGGAUCAUGGUUAUGCAGAAGUGUUUAAUUUAUAUCACAACUGUUCUGAGACAAUUCAUGUUUAUCAUGGAAACUGUGAGACUAAAAUGCCUAAUGAGUAACUGAGACUGGCAAGACUGACAUAAAGGCUGAGGAUGAUCAUGUUGAUAAUGUCCUGAUAAAGGCAAACACCAAUGUCUGGGGAAAAAAUCAAAAUGUCCCCCUUAGAAGGGCAUGGUUGUAGGUUUCCUUAGACCCUGUCUCCAGAGGCACCAGCCCUUAGUUAUGUAAAAACAGCAGAGUAACAUAGGAGACGGUGACCCAAAGCUGGAGACUGACUGGUAACUUAUUGCCUACCAACUGCUCACCUACUCUGUGAAAAGUAUCUCUUUAUAUCACUCUCCAUGCUCAUUUGUAUCUCAGCAAUUUAAAAUCAAAGUGCAACAUUUUUUGUACUCUUUUUUUAAUGUUUUGCUGCGCUAAUAUCAGAAGCCAUAUUCUCCAUAUGCUUCUCUUUACAUUUCCUCUGGCACUGGUUAGGAGAAUUCCUUUAACAAUCAAAGCCUCUUAGGUUGGUUGUCAUUUCCUUUAUUCUCACAAUGUUAAUGAAUGAUUCAGCAGUAUUACUGUUAGGAGAAAUUAGAUACUGGUCACUCUAAGAGUUUAAAGGGUUAAUUCCACAGAAAAUCCAUACUCACUAGUGACACUACAAGUUUUACUUUUUGUUGAUUUUUUUUUUUUUGAGGCACAUGAAAAUAUAAAUGGUUAUAAAGUAUAGAAGAGAUGUUUUAUGUUUAUGGGAAAAAGCGAGAGAAGGUAUCACCUGUACAUAUUCUGUUAUUCAUUUUACUGGUAUUGGGUUCAUUUUGCCUAAAGGUGAAAUAUAUGAGAUGGACGCAUUUUUAACAUUACAAAUUAAAUGAGGUAUGGAAAAAAAUAAUUUAAAAAAUCAUCACAACAACGGCUGUAGUCUUGUUGAGAUAAGAGACUUCUCAUAGAAAGAACUUUGUUUGGGAGAUUAGUGGAAAUCAAACAAAGGGAAAUUGCAAGAGGUGCUAGCACUGUUUUUACUGGGAGUGUGUGUGUG